GUGUGGGCAAAAGCGCCUGUUUUCGCCAUUGCGUUGUGUGGCGUGCGAUCGCUGUUUACAUUGUAGAUUCACUUCUGGUUUAUUUGUGCGUCGUAUUUUCUGCUAGCUUAUGGCGCACGCGAAGCCCGACUAUUUGAGCUCGCUCCCCGAGCCUGAACGGCAGCGGUAUCGCGACAAACUGCGCGUGGACGGCGUUACCUUCGACGAUCCAUACGACGUAAACAAGGCCUGUUGGAGUUCCGACGUGAAGUUGCUGCCACCGACGUCGAUGGCUCACGUCGUCAUUUAUUUGGUUUUCUCGCCAAGCCAAUUCACGGCCGACACGGUACAGGCGUACAAGUCUCUCGAGGCCUACAAUUACUUCGAGUCUGGCUUGGUACGAGAGUGCAAGCUUUGGAAGCCCCAAGGAGCUGCAGUCUGCUUCGUGAGAGCAAAAGUGAUGCCCUCGCAGCGUGCAACUACUGAAGCUCACGACGCCUGGGUAUGCCUGACCAACGCGUCUGGCGGGGUGCGCGCUGCGCACUGCACCUGCAAAGCUGGGCUGACUGAGGUCUGCAGCCAUGUUGCUGCAGUCCUGUACGCUGUGGAGUCCACAGUUCGAGAGAACACGGAUGGGGCAUCUUGCACAUCGAAUCCGUGUGUCUGGAGUGCGAACGUGGCCAAGAAGGCACAGAUGGUGCCACUAGAUGAAAUCAAUCUGUGCAAACCUGGGAAGCGGGCCAGGCGUAUUGCCAAGGAACCAGACCACGUUGCCGCAGCUUAUGUGCCUGAAGAUGAGGCACUGUUCCGGAGGCUGCAGGAAGUUAAUCCUCAAGCUGCCAUUCUUCGUUCAAUUCCGAAAUUGAAUGCCGAGGACACGGAUUCUGCCUCGGAGGACGAGGAAACCUACAGCCUGUUGCGGAAUGCAGUGAAGUCCGGCUCGACGAAGGACAGCCUGCCUGCGGACCUCUUCGUUCCACUAUCAGAGGUCGAGAGGAUUGAGAAGGGUACAAGGCAGCAGGCCAGCUGCCUUCUUUGGAAAGAGGCGCGCUACGGACGGCUGACUGCUUCGGUCAUGUUCAGGAUAAGAACGCUCCAGCCAUCGACAAACCCCAGAAGCCUCGUGGACUGUGUCCUCCAGAGAAGACCCGACGUUUGCACCGAGGGGAUGCGGUGGGGCAGGGACAACGAGCCAAACGCCAAGCGGGAGUACAGGCUGUUCAUGGAGAGGAACCACAACGAUUUCAAGCUAGAGGACAUCGGUUUUGUCAUUGAUACUCGGGACUCCUUCAUUGGUGCCUCGCCGGAUGGGAUCUGGAGCUGCUCCUGCCAUGGUGUGGGCAUCCUGGAGGUGAAGUGUCCAGCGGUCCUUAAGGAGCCAGGCACGCCGAUCACAAGGGUGGACUGCCUCAAUGACAACCUCGAGCUCCCUACCUUCCAUAAGUACUACACUCAGGCUUCGUCGGUGGCACAACAGGCUCCGCUGGCUUGGCCUUCAGGAUGUCGACGUCCUUCUGCAGCCGUAAAACCUCUGCCUCCAGGUUCUGCACCCUCUUCUGAACAGCCUUGAACUGUGGUUCUGAAGCCAAAACAAUGU